ACCACCAACAUGUCAAAACCAAAGGCCCCCAAGAGCAACCUCAUACAAAACACCAUCAACGAAUGGCUUGGUUCAGGACUGGUCUCUGAAAUAGGCAAAGAUGAAGAACGGAAAGCCCAACUCUUGAACAGCGCACCCAAGCGCUUUACCAUUUAUGAGCCCAUGGUACUGCUACCCACAGCAAGCUUCACAUCCUUACCCUGGACAACCGCCUUACAAGACGCCGGCCCAGAUUCAUGCCAACAACUCUGGUCUAAGAUCCUGGCACGGCUGUCGACACAGGCAAAGGAGCCAUUGACCCAUCUUGCCGUGAAUGAAGGCAUCCCUCUACACAAGGCAGGUGAGGAGGCGGAUGAGAAUGUGAGAAGAAGUCCAAGUGGGUUGCGCACUCUCUACGGAGAUUUUGGGUCUUCAGAUGCCUCAGCGGAUGAACCUUCUGAAGAAGAUUUUGAAAACACUUUAUGGGUCUCGACGAAGCAAAAUGGAAUUUUCCAAACUUGGGCACCCAGAUGGACAAUGUUUAGCCGGGGAAAUGUCAAAGAGAAAGCAAGGUUGUUGGAUAUGGGGAACAAGACACUGCAGGGCUCAUGGGCAGUUGAUCUCUACGCUGGAAUCGGCUACUUUGUUUUUUCAUAUGCUCGACUUGGCAUGAGAGUCUUGUGCUGGGAGAUCAACCCAUGGAGUGUCGAAGGUCUACGACGUGGCGCCAAAGCAAACCGAUGGAGCGUUCGAAUUGUUCAAGGUGAAGAUCUGGCCCUACCAAACGAAGACAUCAUAAACGGAGGAGAGCAGAUUAUUGUAUUCCUGGAGAGCAAUGAGGAAGCUCGAAAGAGGAUACGGUCGCUACAGGGUAAUGAUAUGGCACAAGACAUACGGCACAUCAACUGUGGUUUCCUGCCAACAAGCGAACCAACUUGGAGAGACACGUGGGAUAUUUCCUCUCCAGGCAGUGAGACAUGGCUGCAUCUUCACGAAAACGUUGGCGCAAACGACACGGAAACAAGACGCCAGGAGAUACAGCGCAAAUUCGAGGACUGGAGCCAAGGAACAGAGCGGACAGCCAAGGCCGAGCAUAUCGAGCUUGUCAAGACAUUCGCACCAGGCGUCUGGCACUGCGUCUUUGACGUCCAUGUUUACAAGAUCUAGCUAUAUCGUGUAUCAUGCUUAUUAUCCCAAUAAUGUCGAGUACAUAGAAUUUCAGAUUCAUCCAUCAUGAUGUCAUGCGCCCCUAUCACACACGCCCCGAGUCCCUGCCCCAGUCAUGGUAUUCUAGGUAAAGUAAAAUACAGUUCAGUAUCGCGU